AUUCCCACUUCAUCGCAAAGAGCCACUGGUCUGAGACUUCCAACUCCGAUAUCCAAAAACCCUAAUUCGUCCGGACACCAGUAAUUCACGUCCGUGCAAAAGUAGCUUCGAAUAAGGAACUUGAGGUAGUUGGGAUUUGAAUCUUUUUGUUAAGUGAGGUGAGUGGCAGCUGCAAUUCGGGGGAAAAUGGGGAUCGUAGAGAAGAUUAAAGAAAUCGAAGCCGAGAUGGCGCGUACCCAGAAGAAUAAAGCCACUGAGUAUCAUCUGGGUCAGCUCAAGGCAAAGAUAGCAAAGCUAAGGACACAAUUAUUGGAGCCCCCAAAGGGUUCGAGUGGAGCUGGGGAAGGCUUUGAAGUGACAAAAUAUGGACAUGGACGAGUCGCAUUAAUAGGGUUUCCAAGUGUGGGGAAGUCAACCCUUCUGACACUCUUAACCGGCACACAUUCAGAGGCAGCAUCAUAUGAAUUCACAACACUUACUUGCAUCCCUGGUAUUAUACACUACAAUGAUACCAAAAUUCAGCUGCUUGACCUUCCUGGAAUUAUUGAAGGUGCUUCCGAAGGGAAGGGACGUGGUAGGCAGGUUAUUGCUGUUUCCAAGUCAUCAGACAUUGUGUUAAUGGUUCUUGAUGCCUCAAAAAGUGAGGGUCAUCGACAAAUAUUGACCAAAGAGCUGGAAGCUGUGGGUUUGCGUUUAAACAAAAAACCACCCCAAAUAUACUUCAAGAAGAAAAAAUCUGGGGGCAUUUCUUUCAACAGCACUGUACCUUUGACUCAUGUGGAUGAGAAGCUUUGUUAUCAAAUUCUACAUGAAUACAAAAUUCACAAUGCUGAGUUGUUAUUCCGUGAGGAUGCCACAGUGGAUGAUCUUAUUGAUGUCAUUGAGGGAAACCGUAAAUACAUGAAAUGUAUAUAUGUCUACAACAAGAUAGAUGUUGUUGGUAUUGAUGAUGUUGACAAGUUAGCCCGGCAGCCAAAUUCUGUUGUCAUCAGCUGCAAUCUGAAGCUGAACCUAGACAGACUGCUUGCCAAGAUGUGGGACGAGAUGGGGCUUGUAAGAGUUUAUACAAAACCGCAAGGACAGCAGGCUGAUUUUGAUGAUCCUGCAGUUCUCUCUACUGAUAGAGGUGGAUGUACCGUUGAGGACUUUUGCAACCAUCUUCACCGGAAUCUGGUGAAGGAAGUGAAAUAUGUGUUGGUGUGGGGUACAAGUGCGAGACACUAUCCACAACAUUGUGGCCUUUCUCAUAUUCUUCAUGAUGAAGAUGUGGUUCAGGUUGUUAAGAAAAAGGAAAAGGAAGAUGGAGGAAGAGGUCGGUUCAAAUCACAUUCAACAGCCCCUGCUCGAAUAUCUGACAGAGAGAAGAAGGCUCCCUUGAAGACAUAAUUUCAUAGAUUGGACACCCCAAUUCACAUCCAUGGUUCUUGUGUGAAAUGACACAAAAUAAUGAAGUAGGGAUUGAAAGUUUGAAAGUAUAGGGCAUCAUAGAGGAUGAAGAGACCAUCAUAUUUAUCACCAAAAGGGCAAACAAUCAUUUGAAGCGAAGAUUUGGUGCAAGAGCUUUGCUUCACAUUCUUCUUGUGGAGCUUGGCUAUUAUUAGAUUAUCUUUUCAGCUCAUCUGUUGUAUUCAGGUAAAGCUGCUUUCUUGGGAAGUCCUUCAAACCAGUAUUUUGGAUUUACUCACACCCAAAAGGGGAAAUUUUUGUUUUGAGUUUUGUUUGUGGGCGUUGGGAGCCGGGUUUGUCGACUUUCUAUGAGAAUAUAUAUGCCUGCCUUCUCUUUUAUUAUCCUGUGUCAAGUUAAUCAAACACUGAAUUAGCACCUGAAAA